CGACAGGCCCUGAUUGUGUGUGAUUUAUAAACUGGGACCCCGUCAUACACAGUUAGUACACCCACAAAGUUCAAAGGGCUUAGUUCGUGCACCUUUUCAAAUCCAAAUCCAAAAAUGUCUCUCCCAACGGUCACUAUUCGCGAGCUGUCAGAUGCGACACAGGACAACACCCUGAACCCGAGCACGAAGAAGGUCCUAGAAGGUAUCCUCAAUGACUUCAUGGACUUGCAAUACGGAAAGGAGACUCCCUACACUACUGGCAAGCAAGUCAUCCCAUCAGGAGCUGAACUAGAAGAUGUAGAGAAGGCCGCAGCAGAUGACAGCGCGGGAAAGAAAUUCCAAGAUGUCUUCGCACAGAUUGAGAAGACGGCGAAAUCUGGAGACCUGACACCAGUCACUCCGAAUGAUGGCUCUUGGGACCCGAAAUUGAACCCCGUGUUGGUUCUAGUAACCCCUAACCCUUAGGUUGUAAGUUUCGAAUCUGUUUUGCUAUUAUUUUGUAUGUUAUUUUUAAUGGUUUUUGUUUGAUUAAUAAAUUGUUUGUUAAAUAA